AUGAAUCUGUCUUGGUCUGGAACAAGUGAUAUAAGUAGUGCCUCUGGUGUAAAUAGUGAUGACGAGGAGAUUUUCGUGAACAGUUAUUCAGAUACUCGUAAAGAAGUUGCCGAGGCGAUGGGUAUUUCUAAAGAUUCUGUCAAAGCGUGGUUUCAAAACAGAAGAUUUAAAGAAAAGCUAAGGAAAAGAGAGCUAGAAAUUGAUAAAAAAAUAUUUCUCAGGAAAGCGGAGUCUUCUAGUUGUCCAUCUAUAAUUCCAACAUCUACAGGUUGUGAAAGAAGUUUUCCUGGUACAUCACUACCACGACAGAUAUGUCAGUCAGAAAACGAUUCCAAACCGAAUACAAAAUUAGACAUAGUUGUUAAACCAAACACAGCGACAGCUCCUGACCCGUUCAGGCAUAAUUAUUACCAAAAUAUAUCUGCAGUAAGAGAAGAAAUUCCAGCUACAACUUCGCCGUAUUUCAGUUUAUCUAAUACGAAUAAAUCUUAUAAAAACAAUGACGAAUAUAAAGCUUCAGCUGAAUUUUCAAUUGAUUUGUUUAAAAAGUAUAAACACAUUCUUUGUCGAGAUAAAAGCGAAAGUGACAUCAAAUCAGAUAAGGAAUACCUUCAGGUUCAAUCAUCAACAUCAGAUGGAUCUGAAAACAGAAACUAUCAAACUAAACUAGAGCAACAUCACAAUUUAAACGACAUGUGUAUGAACAAUACAAAUCCAGACCAAUAUCAGAUGUCGAUUACGCAGAACAUUAGACCUGGUACAUCUGAUACGUAUCCAGAAUGCGAUAGAAUACCUCAAUCAUCUAAUAAAGAACUUAUGUGGUCUCCACUAACUUUGUCAUUAGCUACGCCCAAUAUAGUACCAGCAACGAAUACUUCUUUUACGUCUACAAGAACUUCAUCUACUUUAAACGAGAACUCUGUUCAAAAAGAAGACUGUGAUUGUUGUAAAUGUCCAAAACAGAUACAUCAUGUCAACAAGUUGGAAAACUUACAAUAUUCUGAAAAACCGCAGUAUAUUUACUAUCAACGUGAUAAAGUUAACCCUUCGUCUGGAGCAAGUAGGACUAAUGACACUUCUGGUAUUAAUAGUGAUGUUGAAGAGAUUUUCGAGAAUAGUUAUUCAGAUGAUGAAAUACAGAAAUUGAUUCUUAGUAAAGGGAAAUGUAAAAGAUACAGGAGUGCAUUUACAACAGAUCAAAUAAAUUAUUUAGAAAAUAUAUUUAAGAAGUUACCUUAUAUCAAUCAAAUUCAGCGUCAUAAAAUCGGUGUCGCGAUUGGCCUUCCUGAUAAAUGUAUCAAGGUAUGGUUUCAAAAUAGAAGAAUGAAAGAAAAGGUAAUGAAUAGAGACUUUAAAACCAAUGAAGUUUUGUAUCACAAAAAAGCUUGGUCUGCUAGUUGUCCGUCUAUAAAUGCAAAAGUUAAAGGCUGUGAAGAAAGUGUUCCUGUUUUAUAUACACCCCGACGAAUGUUCCAGUCAAAUACCUUUUUAAAAACUGACACGGUUGUCAAGUCAAACACACCGACAGCUACAAGUUCAUUCAGACCGACUCAUCAUGAAGAUGUAUCUCCAAAACUAGUCUGUAAUAGUUCACCUAAUUCGAGUGCUUCAAAUAAAGACAAUGCAGUAUAUAAAGCUUCAGCUGAACUUCCAGUUGAUUUGUGUAAAAAAUACAAUAACUUUAGCACUCAACAUAAAAGCGACAAUGAUAUAAAAUGGGAUAACAAAACAAUAGACAGUUCUAGAAACACAUACAAUCUACAAAAUCAAGAGCUACAAUAUAUACCAGAAGACUUAUCUAUGAAGACGUCAACUUCGAAGCAAUAUCAGGCAUCGAUACAAGGGAACAUUAAACCAGAUAAUUCACAAUCUAAGUAUUACAAUGUACCACGACAUAUUGAAUAUCAUGAUAAUCGAGCAAGCGGGAGUCAUGAUGCUUCUAAUACCAAUGUCGAUCUUAAGGAAAAACAUGACCCUAUGAAUAAACAUAAAAAAUCUAAAUAUAAAAGAUACAGGGGUCCAUUUACGACAGACCAAUUAAGUCUUUUUGAAACUGCAUUUAGAAUAUGGCCUCAUGUUAAUGAUAUUCGGUGCCACGCAAUGGCUUCAGCGACGGGUCUUACUGAGAACUGUAUCAGGGAUUGGUUCGAAAACAGAAGAUUGCAAGAAAAAGGAUUUAAAAGAAAGCCAGAAGCUAAUGAAGAUUUAUAUCACGAAAAAGCAUCUGGUAGUUGUCCACCAACGAUUUCUACAGGCUGUGAAAGAAGCCUUCCCGUUAUAUCACCACCAGGACAAAUAUCUGCGCCAAAUAUAGCUCCCAAAGUAAAAACGAAAGUCGAGAUGGCCGUUGAAUCAAACACACCGACAACAUCCAGCCCAUUCAAACAUAAAAAUUACCAAGACAUAUCUUCAGUAGGAGACGAAAUGCCAGCGAGAAUUUCAACGGAUCACAGCGUAUCUAAUGCGAGUGAUUCUUACAAAGACAAUGCAGCUCAUGAAACUUCAGAGGAAUUUUCAAUCGAUUUGUGUGAACAAAACCAUUAUUAUACGAUAUAAUAGCGACAGCAAUACAAAUAAGUCUCAAAAUCACCAUCGACAUCGAACAAUCCCAAAAUGAUAUAUAGCUAUAAAAUGUACUAGAAGAUUUAUCUGUGACUUUAACCAAUGAAACCUAGAAAACGAUUAACAAUAACUUAUAUACAAUCAAAUAUGACAAUGUACCACGACUUGUUGUAUCUAAUGCAAAUAUUAUGUGGAACCAAUUAGCUUUGCUUUACUAUCAGCUAGUAUUACCGUUAAAUCUUCAACUGCUUCCCACGAAUCUCACAUUAAAAUGAAAGAUGUAAUCGUUGUAAAUGUCCGAAACGUUCUCAACUUGUCAUUAAACAAGUAAAAGUUAUACAAAUUCUGUUAAACUAGAGUAUAUUGCAUCCAAACUAUCCCAAGUGCUAGGCGUCCUGGAACCGAAUUUAAUGUAAUAUUCUAAUAGAUUUUAAAAUGACAAUUCGAUAUUAAGUGUUACUAGUUAGUAAGUAUUUAGUGUCGUUAAUUUUAUUUUAUAUUUAUAUAGUAGGCUAUAUUAAAAAAUAUUUGUACAUUUCGUAAAUUAUUAAAAUCAAAGUUUUUAAGAUGGACAACUGUUUUAUUAGAUUAGUCAAGCCUGUUAUUUCAUAUUUGAAUGUUAAAAAUCAACUACGGAACUGGCUGGAUUCUAUUACCGCCCGUCUCCGACAGCGAGCGACCAACGCGUGUCCUUGUAUGACAACGUUGUGAUAUUACGUACUAUCGCGGACAUUUUCGCUCUUUCACUUUACAGUAUUUGGCAUGAAUAUGUCUCUUGCAGCAUUUACUACGCCCCGCCCACUCACGCACUACUAUCAAUAACAAUCAACUGUCCGUGAGUGCUGUGUACAAGAAUGCGUAACCGAAUGAACACUUUUUUGUUUCUUUAUUUUUAAUUGCAAUCUGCAUUUCAUCCAUUAAUGACGCAUCUAAUUCUGAUAUUUGUUAAUCUUUCUACUGUUUAUGCUACCUUCUACGAAACACUGCUUUUUAAACUGGACUGCUAUAUCGUGUGCUGUCUUAUUAUAUUACUAUAUAAAUCAAAAAAUAAUGGCGCGCAAUUUAGCAAGAGAAGAAAGAAUUCAAAUAUUAGUUUUUAGUGGGCAAGGAAGAAAUAUUUCGAAGAUUUCAACUGCAUGUUUCGGUAAGUCAUUAAAUAUUAAGUUUUAUAUAUAUUUAAUAUUAUUGAGAUUAUGUAAAUAGAAAAACAUUCCUUUUUUAUUGGGUCUUAGAUUAGAUCAUAAUGUCUACAAUUAUAGAAAGAUUAAUCUUACGAUAAAAACAAAGCAUUUAUAUAUAAUGUUACCAAAUACUUAUAAUUAUAUUAUAGAACGCAUUACUUUGAAAUAAGCAAUGCAAACUUAUUUUUAUGCAGUUAGUGCAGUAUGUAACAACUACGUUAAUUUCCAAUAACUACGCCGUGACUUGAUUAAAUUUUGUCUUUAAAGAAACAAUAAUUUAGACUUGUUUAAAGAGUUUACUUUGUCACAUUUAAUUAAAAUACAACAAUUCUAUUUCAAUUUUGCAGAGAGAUACUGUUCGCCGAUGGAUACAACGUGAUGCUGCAGAGGGGUCAAUUGAAUACCGUCCCCGAGCACAUCCACCGAUAUAUAACAGUAUAUUAUACGAGACUAUAUUAAUUAAGUUUACAUUGUUAUUAUAUUACAUUUGAUAAAAUAUCUGUGAUAAAUUUUAUAAUCUUUAUUUUUUUGUUAUUUUAUAUUGCUUUCUACUAUGUUAUUUUUAGUACUGUUGCUAAUUAUUUAUAUAUAAUACAUAUUUUACAUAAUUUGUGUUUUAAUAAUGAUUAUUGAAUAGUAAUAAAUAUUGUCAAUUUUCGGGUUACGUUAAUGUAAAUUGUUUUUCAUCCAAUCUAUUUUUAGAAUAACAAUUGUUACGCCAGAAUGGCUUAGCAUUAAAAUAUUUGAGAUUAUUUUGAUGUUAUUAACUAUACCGAUUAAAUCAUUAAAAUUAUAAAUGAUGUAUACCUACUCUUUAUUUUCUUUUAUACUUAAGCUUUAGACAGAAUUAAGAAGAAAUAUGUUAAUAAUGUGACUUGGUAAUUUAUAGUAACUAUUUAUAAAGUUUAUAAUUAAUUUUAGUAAAUGUUAUUUUGCGACUAAAUCUAGGUUGAUGUAAAUUUCAAUGGUAUUUGAUUAUUUUCUGUGAUAUUUGUGUUUUGUGUAUUUAUUAUUUAAUUGUAAUACAUAGUUUGUUACCAUAAGUUUGUUACUAGGUUCAGGUUUUGUUAAAUUGUCGUCAUAUUUGAUUAUUUUCUGUGAUAGAAAUUUUUGAUGAAUUGUUUUCAUCUUUCAUUUUGUAAUUUUGCAAUAAAUAUUAUUAGGUCAGAAUGGCUAAUAAUUACAAUACUUUAAUUGUUUAACUGUUAUUCCAAUUUAAUAAUUUUAUCAAAGUAAUGUUUUUAAUUAAUUUUCUUUUAUACCUCAUGUGUUCAUAACUUUUGAGACAAAAUAAUAGUUGCGUAACUUUUUUAAUAAUAACUUAUAAUUCUAAAAUUUUCAGUAACCAUUUAAUAGAUAAUAAUCAGCAAUAAAAUCAUAUAUUUUAUAGUGAUGAGUCGGUCUAUUGUUCCAAUUUUUUGUAUAAAAAUACUCUCUCUUACAUUUUAUUGAAUAUACUUUUCUCGAAUAUUCUAUUCCUAUGUCAUUUUGAAACUGACUUCACUUAUGAAAUGAAAUGUUAUUACCAAUUCCAGGUUGAGCGGAAUCCGUUCUUCUGAAGUAUAUUCAGACACCUGAGUGAAUUCGAAUUCAGGUUUGGAUUUUUACAGAAUCGCAGGGCAGAUCGCCAAUCAUCGAUAUCAAAACUGUAUAUUUUUGAUAAUUAGUUAUUUCUACAACGCUAUAAAGUCAAAGCGAAUUUUACUCUUAUACAAACGCGAUAAAGCUCAAUUUUGAGUUUUUACUUGAUCACUCCGAAAACCGAGCAACGCAGAAGGUACAAACGUACCCUAUUUCAUUCACACGUAUACUGACAUUAUAUUGUUAUUUCAUUCACACAUACCAGGUUGCAUUGUUUGCGAUCCAUAUUAUUAAACGUUUUACAUUAUGCAUUACAUUCUAUAUAUAGUUAUUAAAACUGCAUUAUAUGACUGUCAAUGCAAAGAUGACUACGUAUCGUUUUGAACUGUGAUCGCCGCUUCUUUGUGAUCGCAGUUAUUGUAAACUGAGCCGCCCAAAGAUCAACCUUAAGUGAUUUACUUGAGAGUGAAUUUAGCUUUACUUAAAGCGUUGAAGAAAAUAGAUAGUUAUUGUAUCACUGAAUCACUAGUGAUCAUGGUUCAGGCAAAUCACUAGUUAAAUAAAUUUCUAUCGCGUAUAACAUCUAUCGCUAAUAUUUUAUUCGAAAUGACCGCCCUUGUUUUUAAUA